AUGACAUCUUUGAAUCUACCGGCCCGUCCUAUCGAUGCUGAUAAUAUGGCUACCACAGCGACUAUACCAAAGCGCCCCAUCCUCUCUAGACCAGUCUUUGGCAUUGGCCAUGGCGCUACCGUUCCUCCUCAAGGACCGUUCGACCUUGCUCAAGAUCAGAGCGGUAGCCAAGGGGGUGUUGAGCCAGAGUAUGUGGGUAAUUGUCCUGCUGUAGAAGGCAAAUUUGUCACUCCUGCAAUGCUUCUGAGUCAAGAGUGCCAGAAAAGACGAUUCAAUCCGCAGUUUACAGAAUGGCACGAUCGCAAUGGCCGCUGUAAGUGCUCUGUCAACCUCAAGGGUUUGAUAGUUGCCGAUGUGCGUGCAUACGACACGGCUUCCGAGGCAAAGACGGCUAUUUCCAGGAAGGCUCUUAUAGAAGUUCGGAAGUUGCCGUGCGAGGACCCGGCAGGUAAACCUGCAGCGAUCCUUACAGAGGUUGUCAAGCAGGGCAUAUACAAAGAUGUGCCCGAACUUCUCGGGUUUGGUUCGGCGCGAGCGGAGAACGAACCGAACCCCCAACGGCAUCGCAAUAAUCAGCAUACCCAAGUUGCUCCUUUCAUGCAGGAGCAUCGUGUCGGCCGUUAUCAACCCCCUGGCAACUUCUCCAAUGACCGCCACGAUGACUACGAUCUUCACGAUCAACAGAAUUUUCUGAUGAGUCAAAUCCAAUACCUGUUCGGUCACGUCAACGGACCUAGCAACAGGAUCGCAGAGGAUCCCCUGGCUUCUCGUGCCUUCCUAGAGGGCAUAGCCUUAGGCUCACGGCUAGGCCAGUCAACCACACGCCACUCCGACGACGCGUACACCUACGCCCCGCCCUCGGCUCCUCAGAGACUGAAUGCUCGGUCACAUGGCGAUAGUGGCCGCCACCGGGAGCGAUCUCCUGUCACAGGUCCUAGGCCACACAAUAGUCGAGUGAGAUCGCCACUUCGCCGCCGCAACCAUUAA